AUGCCUCCUCCACCAACAGGAGUGCGACCCUCUGCUUCUAAACCAAUGGCCAAACCUACCAAAAUGCGAUAUUUCAAGGGAAAAGCGCCUGAUGCACCUCCUUCAGACUCUGAUUCCGACGAAGAAGAAGAAGAUCAGAAGCAACAGAUCAAGAAAAGGCAUGAAGCAACUAAGCUUGACAAAAAUAUAGUCGCGGGCGGAGCUGGGAGGGUGAUCUUGCCAGGGGGAGGAGGAAUGAAAGUCGAAUUAGGUGGUGUAAAGGUCGGUUCUACAAAUGGAAAGAUAUUGAAUGGAGGUGUUAAAGAGGAAUCGUCGGAAGAAGAAUCUUCUGAAGAAGAGGAUGAAGAGAUUAAACCUCCUAAACAGGGUGAAGAAGAGUCGAGCGAGUACGAAACUGAUUCAGAAGAAGAAGAAUCUGAACCAGAACCACCUAAACCAGUUUUCAGACCUGUAUUCAAGCCUAAAAACGCAAGGAACACAACAGCUGAAAAAGCGGCUUUGGAAGCUGAAGAAUUAGCCAAAAGGGAAGAAGAAACGAGGGAAGAAAAGAAAUUGGCUAGCAAGGAGCUGGCAGGUGAAACUAUCAGACGGGAACUUGCUGAGCGUGAAGCGCAAACUGUCGAACAAACGGUAGAUGAUACCGAUAACCUUGAUCCAACAGGUGAAUUCGAUGCAUGGCGAGCAAGAGAAUUAGCGCGUCUAUUGAGAGAUAAACAAGCUCAAGCUGAGCGGGACGAAGAACAAGCUGAGAUUAAAAGAAGGAGAGCGAUGCCUGAAGAACAACGAAUGGCUGAAGACAUGGAAUUCGCGAAUAAGACUAGAGAGAAAGAUAAAGCGCAGAUGGGUUUCCUACAGAAAUACUAUCACAAAGGUGCUUUCCAUCAAGACGACGAUAUCUUACAUCGAGAUUAUACAGGCGCGACAGAAUCUUCAGUUGAUAUGUCAAUGUUACCUAAAGUGAUGCAAGUAAGAGAUUUCGGAAAAGCUUCAAGAUCCAAAUAUACCCAUUUGGCAGAUCAAGAUACUUCAGCGGGAGGUUGGGGCACUGCAGCAAAAUCAGGUCCUGGCGGUGUGGGCACAACUCAAAAUGGUUGUUGGAAUUGUGGUGGUCCACAUCUACGUAAAGAUUGCCCAAAUAACAACAUCAACGAUCCAUCUGUACUCUCUGGACAAACGUCUACGGCGGGAGGUGGAUUUGGGACAAGUGCAAACACAGCUGAACUAGGCUCAGGAAGUAAAUGGGGUCAAAACAGCUCAGGCGGAUAUAACGACAGGGAUCGUGACAGUUCCAAAGGGUACAGAGAAGAAGGUAGAGAAAGAAGAUUUCAAGAUGAAAGAAGGAGGGAUAAAGAUAGGUAUGAAGGUAAAGAGAGAGACGCAAACCACGGAAGCGAUAGGGAUAGGAAUAGAGACAGGGAUAGAGAUAGGGAUGAUAGGAGGAGAGAAAGAAGUUAUUCACCGUCAAGUAGGAAGAGAGAUGAGCGAAAUCAUCGACAUAGAGAUGAUCGUGAUCGAGAGCGUGAUCGUGACCAAGAAAGACAGAGAGACAAAGAUCGAUAUAGAGAUAGGGAAAGGGAUGGGGAUCGAGAGAGAAGGAGGUAUGAUUAA